UUUGAAUCAAUUAAAUUGAACAUUUUCUACUAAAAAUUAUUGUCUUCCUAGCCUUGCUACACUGGUAGCUAGCCGGCGGACAUGAGCUUGUUUGGACACUUUUACAACGAGCCGGUUUUGUGGAGAAGUCGACGUCCAUGUGUGGACACACGAACUAGCCAUCCUACCUGUACGACUUCCCUUACCUCUUCUUCGUAUCUAACUUUGUUAAAACUUUGGCCAAGUAAUAGUGUACAAUUAAUUGUUAUUAAUUAUUAGCUAGUAUCCUAAUUGUAUUAGGCAACUUUUUCCAUUAUAAAUAUACACUUAGAGCUACCAGUCUAGUUAAGCCUGUUUAUUAUUCUCACAUGGUAUCAGAGCGUAAAGUUUUUGAACAAUUUUUUUCCUUAUGGCGUCUACAUCCACUGCAAACAGCACCAUGGUCGCGCCGCAUUAACGGCAGCGCUAGCGCCUGUGAGCAUGUCUCCGGCAAUUUGUUUGACAACGGCUCCGAUCAAUCUCACGUUUGGCUCAACCUCGUCAAAUAUGCAGUCUUCCUUGUUGUUUCCAUCGCACAGCUCUACCCUGGACAAGUCUGCUUGGGUACCACUAGUAUUCGACUUGUCUUUUCCCUUCAUCGCCAGUCGAUCCACUUGUCAUGUCUCCACCGUUCUGUCUGUGUCGUCUGGUGCAAUCUCGAACCCAAUUUGCAAGGCCAAAGUUUUGUCAUUCGCAGGGCCUGGCUCCGACUCAUACUGUGUGUCCCAUUAGUCGGUGAGUUGCUAUGACAUCACUAGGUUCCCUUGAAGCAAUUGCUUAAUCCAUGGGAUUCUCUGCUCCCAAUAUUACAAAUAUUGUCACUACCAAGCUUGAUGCGGUUGAAGAUUAUUUACCCUAGAGAACACAAUUUGAAUCCUUUUUGGUGUCUCAAGGACUGCUGGGUAUUGUAGACAGUACUCUUUCUACUCCUCCUUCCACUACUUUUAAUAAUGAAUAUUAUAACUGGCUAAAGUUAGAUCAAACAGUCCAUUCCUGGUUCUUUGCUACUUUACCUCGUGAUAUACUUGUUGAGGUUCAUACUUUAAAAAAUUCUGCUACCAUUUGGGAACGCUUGGAAUCACGUUUUAUGGCUGCCGGUUUGGCUCGUUUCACGGAACUAAAACGAUUGUUAUCCACCUCUAAAAAGAAAGAAAAUCAACCAUGGAACAAUAUAUGCGUGAAAUUCAGAAAAUUGUUGAUGCCUUAGCAACCAUUACUUCCCCUGUAUCCAUGAAAGGCGUCCUUGAGCAAACACUUAUUGGUCUUGGUCCUGACUAUGAGUCCAUGACUACCACUUUGACUAUGUUCCCUGGGGGUCUCAUGUUUGAUAGUCUACGGACCAAGUUGGUUCAACAAGAGCAACAACGUAUUUUGUACCUUUGGCAUUUGUGGUUCAACCUACGACUCCAGUUGGACAAGGGAAUGACGUGUGUGGGGAUAUCAUCAAGCUAGGGGGUGUGGACAUCGCGGUUAGCAUGCACGUGGGAACAGCGGGAGGGGCCGUGUGGACAAAAACAGAUGUAUGAUGCAUGUCCCGCCGCCUAGUACUAUCAGCCUCGGUCGGGGCAGCCAACACUAGUGGAAAAACUGUAAAGGGAGGGCACUUCGUUUUUAGCCACAAGCGCCUCUAAUAUUGACAAUUUUUUUCUUGUUUUGUUCACAACGUGUGCGGCACUUUUAAAGUAUUAACACCUCUAAGUAACUUUAUUUUGAAGUAUCGGACCACUUUUAUACGGUACUUGGGUUAAUGAAGCACCUCUGAGUUUUUUGUUUUAACAAUAUAAAGCACACGCACCAAGUUUCAGCGUUAACACCCGGCCGCCGCACCCUCAAAACCUAGAUCUAUUUUCCAUAUCAUCCCAGAGAUGAGAAUACUUUCAGAGAAGGAGGUUAGAUUUAAAGUGUCAUGCCACCCUCUUCGUCCAUUCUACUGCUAUUUUAUGUCCUCUUCCUUGAACAACUUGUCAUCAACUCCCAUUUGUUAAUUCUCUAAGUAAAUUCUUUUUAUCAUCUAUUGCUUAAUUAUUUUUUGAUUUCUAUUAGUAUCUUUACUUGAUCAGAACAGGAUGAAGAAUAGACCAUAGCACCAUACAAAAAAGUGAAAAAGUGAGCGUUGACAUGAAGAGCUUCGUCGAUAAUGCCGUGUACAACAUAGUCUGCGCCACCGACUCCCCGGCACUGCCACUUCCCACCGCCUACAAUUGUCUGCAGUCCGCUCACGCCCGCCACUGCUGCUGCAACACCGUAAUAUAUGGCACCGCCGUUUUAUUAAAUCAGAUCUGUUUAUUUUUUAAUGGUGAAGUCUAAUAGAAUAAUAUAAGGCAUAUUUGUUUCCUAUUGUGUAUUAAACUCUUUUAAUAUAAAUAGACAUGCCAGGGCUCCUAUUGGAGCACUGUUUUCCCAAAUUCUCACAUGGUAUCAAGAGCCUAGGGCUAAUAAUUUUUUUCCGGCUAUUCUCUCUCUCCUUCGAUCGCCGCCAUGGAGUCCAUCGAUGGAAGCCUUCCACUUACGAAUGUUUCCUCCUCCAUGGAAACAAUAUCUACAGCAGCAAUGACGAUGCCAAUUCCCUCUCUUGAUUCUGCUUCUUCCAUCCCUGCUUCCACUGCCGCAUCAGUCAUCACGCAGUCCUCUGGCGCCCUCUUUUCUUCCAUGACGCAGCCAGAAUUUCAUCCCUCAAAUCCAGAGUUCUCUUCUCUAUGGAUGCCGUCGACCCCUUAUACUUUAUUCAGCCAACUCCCGCCGCAGUUUCCAUGGUCGCAGCUCCCUCCUCCGGCCAGCUCGAGCACCCUGCCCAAUUCCUCUUAUUUUGGGACGACGUUUGCUGGGUCGCCGGGUGUUAU